GACCCUAGGUGUGAAUGUGUGCCCCGCCUCUCGCCCAAUGUUAGCUGGGAUUGGCUCCAGCCCCAAGUUUUGAAAUGUCUGCUUAAUUAAUGACGAUGCAACAGUGUUGAUUAUAUCAUGACUUACUAUAUGGACAUGCGAUUGUUUUUUUGUUGUUGGGAUUAUUGCAUUGUUAUUGAGCCUACGUUCUUAAAAGUCAGGAUGUGCCUCCUCCUCCCGUGACUCCUCCUGUUCCUCCGGAGUCGUUGCGGCGGCCUGUAACUAGUCGGCGCUCUCCUCCGCUCCUCCGGUCUCCAGGCUGCAGCGACGCCUCUCGCCUGUGUCGGCGGCGGCAGCAGCGUAGUAGUGAUCCGCCCGCCGCGCACUGUGGCGCUCUCUCGCAGUCUGUGCCACGGUGCCACCGGGAGAGGGGCGACAGAGCACUGCGCGCACCGGGCACACCAGGCACUCACCAUCCCCGAGCCUCCAGCGACACCUCCCGCUGCGGGCGAUGACAUUGGUGGACUGAAGUGGGAAUACACGAGAGAGAGAGAGAGAGAGAGAGAGACAAAUCGCAAACAUGACGGUGGACUUUGAAGAAUGUAUUAAAGAUUCACCCAGAUUCAGGGCUGGCAUUGAUGAUGUGGAGACAGAUGUGGUGGAGAUCGAGGCAAAGCUGGACAAGCUGGUGAAGCUGUGCAGUGGGAUGAUCGAGGCCGGCAGGGCCUACGUCAGCGCCAACAAGCUCUUCGUGAAUGGCAUCAAGGACCUGUCCCAGCAGUGCAAGAAGGAGGAGACGAUAUCAGAAUGCCUUGAAAAGUGCGGAGAAAGCCUCCAGGAGAUCGUCAACUACCACAUGAUUCUGUUUGACCAGGCUCAGAGGUCGAUCAAGCAGCAGCUUUACACCUUCAUUAAAGAGGAUGUGCGUAAAUUCAAGGACACCAAGAAGCAGUUUGACCGGGUCCGUGAGGACAUGGAGCUGGCCCAGGUGAAGAACGCCCAGGCUCCCAGGAACAAGGUCCAUGAGGCAGAGGAGGCCACACAGGCCCUCGUCCUCAGUCGCAAAGCCUUCAGGCAUCUGGGUCUGGACUACGUACUACAGAUUAAUGUUCUUCAGGCCAAGAAGAAGUUUGAAAUCCUGGAUGCAAUGUUGUCCUUCAUGAGGGCCCAGUAUACUCUGUUCCAGCAAGGCUUUCACAUCUUGGAUGAGAUUGACCCCUAUAUGAAAAAACUGGCUGCACAGCUGGAUCAGCUGGUCAUCGACUCAGCCAUGGAGAAGCGGGAGUUGGAGCACAAGCACGCCCUCAUUCAGCAGAGGACUCUGAUGCAGGACUUUUCCUAUGAUGACCACAAGUUGGAAUUUAAUGUGGAUGCACCCAAUGGUGUGGUCAUGGAGGGCUACCUCUUCAAGAGGGCCAGCAACGCGUUCAAGACCUGGAACAGGCGAUGGUUUUCAAUACAAAACAGCCAGCUGGUCUACCAAAAGAAACUCAAGGACUCCUUGACGGUGGUGGUGGAGGACCUGCGGCUGUGCUCAGUCAAACUGUGUGAAGAUAAUGAGAGGAGGUUCUGCUUUGAGGUGGUUUCACCCACCAAGAGCUGCAUGCUGCAAGCGGAGUCUGAGAAGCUGCGGCAGGCCUGGAUCCAGGCAGUCCAGGCGAGCAUCGCCUCCGCCUACAAAGACAUCGCUGACAAUUAUUACAUUGAGCGCUUGGACCGGACAGCUUCGCCCUCCACCAGCAGCAUCGACUCUGCCAGCGAGCCCAGAGAAAGGGGGGAGAGAGGUGAUAAGGGAGUGAGGGCAGGGGGAGAAAGCCUCCUGCAGAGGGUGCAGAGCCUGCCAGGCAACGAGCUGUGCUGCGACUGUAGCCAGACGGCACCAUGCUGGGCCUCCAUCAACCUGGGAGUGCUGCUCUGCAUCGAGUGCUCGGGGAUCCACAGGAGUUUAGGCGUCCAUUGCUCUAAAGUGCGUUCACUGACGUUAGACUCAUGGGAGCCAGAGUUACUCAAGCUGAUGUGUGAAUUGGGGAACACCGUGAUCAACCACAUUUACGAGGGACGCUGUGAGGAACUAGGAGCAAAAAAGCCUGGACCCUCCAGUUCAAGACAGGAGAAGGAAACCUGGAUCAAGUCCAAAUACGUGGAGAAACGCUUCCUGAAGAAAAUGAGUGGGAGCGAGGCUUUGGUGGAGGGUGAAAGGAAGUCCCGCCCCUGGACGGUGAAGAAGUGCCACCGACACAACAGCUCUGUUCGUGCCCCCAACAAGGCCCGCAGGAAAUACCACCGCUACGAGCCAGGCAGCGCCUCGCCUGCAAACCUCUCGGCAGCAGCAGCAGCAAAGUUUCGCCGGGACUCCCUGUUCUGUCCAGAUGAACUGGACUCGCUAUUUUCCUACUUCGACACCGGCUCUGGUCCUCGCAGUCUGAGCAGUGACAGCGGCCUUGGAGGAAGCACUGACGGCAGCACUGACAUCCUGGUGUUUGGCUCAGUGGUGGACAGCGUCACUGAAGAGGAGGAGUCCGAGGAGUCGUCCAGUGGCGAGGUGGAGAUCGAACAGGAAAUGCCCUCAGACCCGGAGGAUCCACGGGAGCUUCAUCCCGGGGCGGUGCUCUACCGCUCCUCGCGUCUGCACAACCUGCCGCUCAUGGCUGAGGCAUUUGCACAUGGUGCUGACGUGCACGCCGCAAGUGAGGGGGAGGAGGGGAAAACGCCACUCAUACAGGCCGUCAUCGGGGGCUCUCUGAUAGCUUGUGAGUUCCUGCUACAAAACGGAGCCGAUGUGAACCAGAGGGACAUGAGAGGCAGGGGCCCGCUGCACCACGCCACCAACCUGGGCCACACUGGUCAGGUGUGUCUAUUCCUGAAGAGAGGAGCAUCACAGACGGAGGUGGAUGAGCAGGGUCAUGACCCCCUCAGUAUCGCUGUGCAGGCUGCCAACGCAGACAUCGUCACGCUAUUGCGUUUAGCGCGGAUGAACGAGGAGAUGCGAGAGGCCGAGGCUCCGCUGGGUCAACCAGGUCAAUACCACAGCAGCAGCCCCACUGAGCAGCAGUAUAGGAAGUGCAUCCAGGAAUUCAUCUGCCUCACCAUAGAUGAAUGCUAGUCACUUCAGUGUAGCUUGUGUUCUAUAAAUAUAUGUAUAAAGUAUAUACAUACUAAAGUAUGCCUCCUGAGUGGAAAACUGAAAGUAAUCGUGUAGAAGAAGUUGUCCCUAGACACUGAUCUCAGGUCUGUUACGUGCAUAGAUCCGGGCCUACGGGCAACUUCUCCGGGGAGAGAGGAGUGUACCACUUCCUCAUUAUGGGGGUGCGCUGCAUCAUAGGGAGACCCCUGAUGGACCAUUGUAACUCUACUGACGAUUAAGUCGCCACCUCUAUUUCUCUGCAUUGCCACUAUGUUUCUGCUUGCCAUUACUUGGCACCACCCAUGUUAUACUAGCUCCAUCUCACACACAUACACACACACACACAGAGUUAAUUGACUUUUUGGUGUUUUGUUAACAGGGUUAUCCUCUAACUUAUCAUACUGUGGUGUAAACUUCUUGUGCGAGGGUGUGGGUUUACUGUUGCCUAACAGCUCUUACCUCUGAAAAAAUCGCAUUAACCCCCUACACUUUAUAUUUAUCCAGAACCAUCUGUGUGACAUCCAACGUACAAAUCUCUUCUUAAUCAGAGAUGUAAAUAUAAAUAUUUAGAAGUUAUAUGGGUCAUUUUUAGCUAUGUGCUGUGGCAUGAGGUGAAAAAAUAAUGGUAUUUGUUCCAUUACUAUAAGAAAAAAAAGAGUAACUGACAAGCUGCAUUAGAGGUGGCCAGGAUCGUUUUGUGUGUAUCAAGAGGGUCAGGUAGGGAAAUUCAGUGUAAAACUGUGACAAAAAAUACUGGAGGGCUUGUGGGGAGGAGACCCUCGCUUGCUUUCUAAGAUACUCUGACAUGCGAGUGAGUGAGUGAGUGAGUGAACAGGAGAGUAAAUGAGUGCAUGUGGCAAAGAAUACUGAGAGACAGAGUUGAAUAAUAUGAUAUUAUGAUCCAUUAUGUAAAGGAAAAAAAAAAACCUGUGCACUUUUCCCAUCUCCAGUAUUAUUAUAAUUUUUAUUUUCAUUCAGUUAGUAUGACUUUUUUUUAUGUUGUUCUUGUCCACUCGAGUUAUGGUAUAUCUAUCUAUUGUCUAUUUUAUUUCUGUUUAUCUCCAGAGGACCAGUGCAAUGGAUUGUUGGGUGAAGUUGUCAUCUGCAUUUCUGUUAAUGAUUGUCAUUUUAAUCUGAAAGCAUUACUUGGAAUUUAUGACAGGAAGUUUUAGGAUUACGCCGUGUCAUAGAGUUCAUGAGACUUUUGCUUUCAUUUUUUCGCUUUAGAAAGGCCUUAGAUUUCUACCUUUACAAAUAUUUGGAAUCCAAACAAACCAGUGAAAGAGAUUUUUUUGUGGAAAUUGUAGUUGCAGUGUAUCAUUUCAUAAUUUAAUCACAGACGGUUAUCGGUUAUUCAUGAGGAUGAGAACUUGCCAACUUGUGAAAGUGAUAUGCAGACAAACCAGGGAGGUGUUGCAGUGCAGUGAGGGUGUGUUUAAAACUGGAUGUACUUCUUCCCCGUAAACAGCGCAUUUGUUCACUGCCAGUUACGCAGCAAAGGUUUAUAACCACAGCUCAGCUUUGUUGUAAAUACUCAUCCUUAUGACACUAUCUGUGAUCAUGGAGCACAUUACUUCAGAACAGUCGACGCACUUGUGGGGUCAAAGGACGAUACACAUUUCUGGCUUCCCUCACUGGUUAACGCUUACAGUGUUCCCUGCAUGCUUUGCCAGAAUUAUUUUUGGGGAGUUAAACAUCGUUUGCAUUAUGAGCAUGAUGAAAUAAUUUUCCAUGGUUUGAUCGCGUCGUGCAGUCCAGUGGAAUAAGCAUGUAACACCACGACCCCUCCGGUGUCUUUUGUGCCAUUCUUCCAUCCGCGAACCAAACCUUUGGUGUCUCCGUCCUUCCUGUCCAUUUGUUUGUUUGUUUGUUUGUUUCCACAUUAGAUUAGUCAUUUUUCAAGUCGUGGUUUUAUUUUCCUCUGCCAAAGAUUUUUUAAAGGGAAAGUGUCUGACAUUGUUGUGUGAUGUCACCGUUGUUGUUUUUUUUUUUUUUCUUUUUAAAAAAAACAACUGUUCAGAGUAGAUACAGCAUAGUCUUACCAUGCUUUGUGACGUGACAGAGUGGUACAAACACUGUCGGUGUACUCACGUGUUCAGAAGAGGUUACGGAGACGUGGCUGACCUGAGAGAUUUUUGAUAUGGCAGGUGAUAUUCUGCAAUAGUUCGAUGUACUGCGAGUAGAACCAGUCUAGGAGGUGAUGUGAAGCUACUGUGACCAAACUGCUAAGGGCCCAUGCCCCAGCGGAAUUAUUAAAUGUUGUGUCCAUUGUGUGUAUUGACAUUGGAGUGGUCAAAGGUGCUGUUCAAAACAAACAUGCUGUAAAUAGUACACUUGUGUAUUUUAACUCAAAGCCAACUGCCUGCCUCUCAGCAUUCCAUCACGGAUCCUGACUGUCUGAUCUGUUUUGUUUGUCUUUUUACUCUCUUCCUAAAACAACGACAGCAGCCUGCCAGGUAGAACUGUAACGCGGUUGUGCACUACUUGGAGGCGUUCAUCUGUUCACUGACAUUUGAAUAUACCUAAGGAAUACUUUCUUUCUUGUCUUUAGAAGCACUGAAGGGAAAAGAAGAAAAACAAAAUACAUACAAUAAAACUGAGAAACUCUUGUUUCAGUACUAACCCUG